AUGGCAUUUUUCUAUUUAUCUGCCUGUCUUCUUGCUCUGGUUGUAUCGGCGAGCUCUGUGAAGACUUCAAAAGGUAUCACCUUUUUUUCCCGUUGCAGUGAUACUCGCGUUCCUUUCUGUUUUAUUUCCUGAUAUCUACAUCAUGUUUUAAAGAAAAUAUAAGCCAAAACAAUUUUAAUUGGUCAUCUUCAUUUCUUUAUCAAACACAGGACAUACGCCAAACGUUGGGUUUGUCUUUACCAAUUUUCUUGCUCACAAAGGUUACUAUUUGAACAUCACAACUGUUGGUACAGAACUGGUCCAAGACUCCUUUGAGUGCGCGUUCAAGUGUCUCCAGAAGGAUCCAUGUUUGUCCUUCAACCUGGCAGAAUUGGAUGAUAACAUUGACAAUCUGCUAUUUGAACUGCUUCCAUUUGACCAUUACACCCAUUCAGACAAGUUCAUCACCAACCAUCUUUGGUAUCACCACAGUAUUGUGGUAAAAUUCUUCUUCUUUUCCUACUUUAUCUUUAUCAUCAUUUUUUAUUAUUAUUAUUAUUAUUUUAUCCUGAUAAUAACUAAAAUCGGUUGCAAUCGUUUGAGCAAAUCUUAUUCAACUUUUCAACGUUAAUAUAUCUCUUUAUGACUUUAUCUCCUUUUUUUUCAUUCCUUGCAAGCCAUUUUUAGGUCGUUUAUCGAUCCGUCAUCGAAGUUUGUUUAACUGGUUUUUAUAAAGGAAGUAUUGAUUUUCUCGGUUUUAGUCUCCUUGCUCGAAGUUGCCCUGUCAAAAUGAUGGAACUUGUGUACCUCUGUACCGGACAAACAGCUAUAAGUGUCGCUGUGCGAAAGCAUACACAGGAAGCCACUGCGAAAAAGGUAAAGUUUUGGUUUCUAAAGUAAUAUUCUAGAAAAUAUUUCGUGCGCUAGUCGUAUCUGAUUCCUACUGAGCCAUCAUUCAUCGUCAUCUGACUUCACACUGACUUAUUUUUACAAACAUAAAUUUUUUCUCCAUUAUUAUUCAUUUUCUUUGUUCUUUCUGUAUCAGUUGAUAAUGACUGCAGCUGUUCAUCAGGACCAGAAGGAAAACAGAGAUGCAAAAUA